AUGGAAUUUUUACAGGAAACCGGUGUUAACGGUGGUGUCGCUUUGAUGAACCUAGAAAACUUACGAGAAAAUGGAUGGUGGCAAUUGUGGCGGAGUGCGGUGGCGAAAACUAUGCCAGCUGAACCCACUCUUAAAGAAGGCGGACAAGUUUGUCCAGUCUUCAUUCUUCAUCGUUUCCCUGUCUGUUGUGCCCUUAUUACUGUUUACAAUGCUAUUCGGAACUAUGCACCCUUUCUUUUUGGCGAAUUACCACGUGAGUGGAACAAUCAGUUAUGGGAUCAAAAAGCACACGAAUGCUGCCCAGUCAUCUGGCCUGAUCUGAACCAGCGACACAAGAUGCAGUGUGAACUCGGCGGGUCAUUGUCGGCAGCAUAUCCAAAUGGACUGACAGAGGCCAAAAUUAUACAUAACAGCGCACAGAAACCAGACAGUCAGGCGCAACCGCCAGUCCGUAAUCCCAAACUGUCUAUUCCAACGCGGCCACUGUUA